CCCUCCCUCCCUGCAUUCACCGGUUACUCUUCUCUCCAACGUAUGCCAAAUGGAGGACGAGAGGGUGCAAGCCAUCGCGUCCCUGAGCAAGGCCCUGGACACCAUACCUUCGGAGUUUAUCAGAUCGGAGCACGAGAGGCCCGGCACCACCACGUUCCACGGUCCGGCCCCGGAGAUCCCCGUCGUGGAUCUCGCGGACCCUGACCGUGACCGCGUGGUUCAAGCCGUGGUGAAGGCCGGCCAGGAGUGGGGAAUCUUUCAGCUCGUAAACCAUGGGAUCCCAGCUGAGGUGAUCAAGGAGGUGCAGCGCGUGGGAAGGGAGUUCUUUGAGCUUCCCCAGGAAGAGAAGGAGGCAUACGCCAUGAAGCCAGAGUCGGAAACCUUGGAAGGGUACGGAUCCAAGCUGCAGAAGGAUUUGGAAGGAAAGAAGGCUUGGGUGGACUUCUUCUUCCACAAUAUAUGGCCGCAGUCUCGCGUUAACCCCAGCAUCUGGCCCAAGAACCCGCCGUCUUAUAGAAAGGCUAACGAGGACUACACCAAAUGCCUGCUGCGAGUCGUUGAUGAAGUGCUGGCGAGUUUAUCACUGGGUUUAGGGUUGGAGGAGCAGGUUCUGAAAGAAGCACUUGGCGGAGAGGAUCUGGAGCUACUUCUCAAGAUUAACUACUACCCACCGUGCCCUCGCCCGGACUUAGCUUUGGGGGUUGUGGCCCAUACUGAUAUGUCUGCGAUCACCAUGCUCGUGCCCAACGAAGUCCCUGGUCUGCAGGUGUUCAAGGAUGGCCAUUGGUCGGACGCCAAGUACGUUCCCAAUGCCAUUGUCGUCCACAUUGGUGACCAGAUUGAGAUUGUAAGCAAUGGGAAGUACAAGAGUGUGUUGCAUAGAACAACUGUGAACAAGGAGAAGGUGCGCAUGUCGUGGCCGGUGUUCUGCUCGCCACCGGAGGAGAUGGUUGUUGGUCCUUUGCCCCAGCUUGUUAGCAAUGAGAGCACUGCAAAAUAUAAGACCAAGAAGUACAAGGACUAUCGAUAUUGCAAGAUCAACAAACUGCCACAAUAAAUAAUUUCUAGCUAUGUUAAGGUCGUGCUUCCUGUCCCUAUGCUUGAAUAUUUGUGCUGCUUAAAGCCUCACGAAGUUUCAGAAAUGGAACCACGUACUGUAAUAACACCAAGAUGCCUGCUCUUUUUAAUCUCUCUUAUUGAAGAAAUACCUUAAUUUGAGGGGUUUAUAUAUAUUCUUU